AUGCCAUCCGAACCCAUAGAAGCUGCACUUUUUACCGUUCCUCCUGCGCUCAGCCACGAGCAAGAAGAGCGGUUGCGUACCCUCGACCGAGAAGGCCCACUCGUUCUCACCACCACUUCCUCGAACGACCUUUCUACCACCCCCACAGCACACCACCCUCUUGAACGUGUUUCCACCCGCGGAACACAGAAUUUCUCGCAUCCGGACGAGAAGAAGGAUGUCCAAGUUACCGUUAAUCAGCUUUCCGACAUCCACGAACGGGAGGGUUUCAAAAUUGUCAAGUUCGAACCAGGCACCGGCGAAGACCCACGAGAGUGGAGUAAAGGAAAGAAAUGGUUUGUCACCGUCUCCUCAUCCCUUCUAUGUCUGGCUGUCGCUCUCGGUAGUUCAAUCAUCACCGGAGACAUGGGUGGGCCCACGAGAGAAUUCGGAAACACACAAGUCAUUACCAACCUCACAGUAACAUGUUUCGUCAUCGGCUUUGGUGUUGGCCCGCUGUUCCUCGCGCCUCUGUCAGAAAUCUUCGGUCGAACGCCUAUAUAUUCGUUAUCCAUGUUUUUGUUCUUCAUCUUCACCCUCCCGUCAGCCCUCGCCAAGAACAUCGCAACCCUCGUGGUCUCUCGCCAGAUUGCAGGUUUAGCCGCCAGUGCCCCUGUAUGUAACGUUGGUGGAAGCAUUGCCGAUGUGUGGGACGUGAAGGAUCGUGGCGCCCCAAUGGCCUUGUUCUCUGGCACUUUGUUCAUUGGUCCUUGCUUGGGUCCCAUGAUUGGAGGAUGGAUCGGUGAACGUGCUGGUUGGAGAUGGAUCUACUGGGUCCUCUUUGCGCUAGUUGGCGCUUCAUGGCUUUUGACCCUGUUCAUGCCUGAGAGUCUUGCACCUGUCAUUCUGCGACGCAAAGCCGAGCGACUCAGGAAGGAAACCGGCGACGACACGUACCAGACUUUGGAAGAGCUCGAGCGACUACCUUUCAAGGAGGUUCUUAAGAUUGCCCUCAUCAGACCAUUCAUUAUGCUGUUCACCGAGCCUAUCGUCAUCUUCAUGAGCAUCUACCUUUCCUUCGUCUACAGUUUGUUGUACCUCAUGUUCUUCGCUUUCCCAAUCGCCUUCACGGAGAUCCGAGGUUGGGGAGAGGGUAUCACUGGUGUCGCGUUCGUCAGUAUUAUGAUUGGAAUCUUCCUCGCCGGUUUGUUUAUCCCUCUCAACGAGAAAACGUACCGCGAAGCUACCAAGUAUGGAUCUUUCCCUGAAGCACGAUUAUACCCGAUGAUGUGGGGCGCAUUCCUCAUGCCAGCGGCCCUGUUCAUGUUCGCGUUCACCGGUGCUUACGAACAUGUACACUGGAUAGGCGUUUGUAUCUCCGGCACAUGCUUCGGUUUCGCCAUGAUUCUCCUCUACGUCUCCGCCAACUCCUACAUCGUUGACUCGUACUCCAACUUCGCUGCAACCGCCAUGGCUGCCAAAACCUUCCUACGGUCUGAGAUUGGCGCUAUGAUUCCCCUGUUCUCCACCCCGAUGUUCCACAACAUGGGCUUCCAGUACGCCGGUCUAUUGCUUGCCCUGGUCGCUGUGGCCAUCUCGCCCAUGCCUUUCGUGUUCUACUUCUACGGCGAGAAGAUUAGGGCACGGUCCAAGCGAGCAACGCAAGAUGUCCGAAAACGGGAGCCUUCAAGCUUCGUCUCAGAAAAGUAG